AUGUCCGGACCAUUCGUCUGCCCUUUCUCAAUCCAAGUCCAGCCUGGAGCCCUCAGGUUUGAUACGACUCUGAUGUUCUCCUUCAACCCACUCAAAGGGGCAAUGUGGAAUAACUAUACCAUUGCCUGGAUGGUCAUUCCAUUCAACUCCUCAAGUACGGUUGUCCAGACGGGAACUCUUGUGUACACGAGCCAAUUGGGCUUCAGUCGCCCUCAAUCUCUCAAUGGCAACAUUGUCGCACCGGGUAUCACAACCAAGAUCAACGUAGAAAAUCAGACCAACCUCGUUAACAAAGGUGCUACUUACGACUUCACGGCACCAACGCCCUACACGGAUGACCCCUCGGCCGUUGUCGCAAACAACAACACUACGGCAAUUCAGCCGAUCAGCGUUGGUUUCUUUGAUCCGAGCGGCACGGUCUAUACGCCCGCUCUACUCUUCAAGGACGUUCCUGUCGACAGCAGUGUUGUCGCGGAGUUUACUCCUAUCCUCAGAUGCUACGCUUCGUCCCAGUAUCAAGAGCGCCAGUUCAUCAAGGGCAAUGUCCAGGGAUAUAUUCAUUGGGAGCAGGAUCUUACAAAGGAUUUCCAGACUGGCGAGUACAGCCUUACACUCGUACCGUCUUAA